UGACUGUUUAGCUAUAUAGUUAUUUAUUUAUACUCACCGUAAAGAAACACACUUUAUAGGAGGAGUUCGGAUCACACAAAUAUACAGCAUGCUGCGAUACACCGUGGUCUUGUUACUGUGUUGUUACGUUGGCCAAUCAGAAGCUGCCGUUGAGACACUGGAACGCAACAUGACAACAUAUGACGUGAAUGACGUCAUCGCCAUCAGAUGUUGUCCGGCAGACGAGUGCUUCCCAUCGCAACCAGCAGUUGCAUCUCUUAAUAAUAAAUUGAAAGGCAGAUUAAUUCUCCCACAUAUGUAUGAAUACAUCAACCAGUCACAUAUGUACAACACCAUUGAACAGAGGUACCCACGAAUAGUUGCUAUGGUCCAUUCAAAAGAAGACAUUAAAGAAACAGUCCUGUUUGCCCGUAAGUACAACUUGCACGUGACAGUUAGAAGUUCCGGUCAUGACUAUGUUGGAAGAUCAACGUGGGACGGAAGUAUUAACAUAAAUUUGUCCGAAAUGAAAGAGUACAAGGUAAAACUCGAUUCCAGUAGAAAUGAACAUGGAGAAAUCAACGUGCAGACCGGACUGACUUGGGCAGAAAUAUAUGAAAUGCUUGACAAGAACUACAAUCGCACAAUUGUAGGCGGAAGUGCACACACAGUGACACCUGGCGGUUAUACUCUUGGUGGCGGUCACAGUCCUAUCUCAAGGUCACUUGGAUACUCGGUUGACAAUGUUCUGGAAAUCCAGGUUGUGUUGGCAGAUGGUCGAAUUGCUACGUGCACAGAGGCGGGAUGUGAAAUUGAAGAAGUUAAUGGGGAGACUGUAACACAUGAUAGUAGUUUAUUUUGGGCUAUGCGCGGGGGUGGAGGUGGAACCUUUGGAGUUGUCGUUUAUUUUGUUUUUAAAUUGCACCCGAUGCCCGCUGGAAUGGUCAGGGUGGACACAUCGCUGCCUCUUAAAGUAGAUUCAUAUGGUUUAGACUUGAGUGGAGAGCUUUUAUCUGCAUUGGGUGAGCUUAUUACUUCAAUGCCUAAAGAAUGGGGUGGUUAUUACAUAAUGAAUAACGCCAAAGUUACCUACGAAGGUAUAGCAAUGACGGGAAGUUUGCAGCUGGUGAUGAACAAGUUUGGUCCUUGGGAUGGUACGGAAGAAACACUCUUUAAAAAGUUCAUUGACGUCGCUAAACGGCUACAAACCAACGUGACAUUCACUAAUGUAAGCAGCUUCUGGGAAUAUGAAAAAAAUAUAUAUGAUCCACCUACAGUUAGGGCCUAUCUGGUUGGUACCAUGCUUCAGCCGGAAAAAGUCAACGACUUGGUGAAAUUCAUUCAGCAAGAAUUCUUCACGAACUUUAAAGACGUUCUCCUUACAUGCACCGGAGCAUCACUUGGAGGUAGAACUACAGAGUUCCCUGUGGAUUCAACACCACUCAAUCCUGGCUACAGAACUGCUGUCUCAUCAUUAACAUGCGGCGUGCCACUCGCUGAUGCGGCGAAACAACCAUGGUUCGAGCAGUCUAAAUACGAUAUUUUGAUCCCUAUUGCCGAUGCAUUUAGCGACAGACUGCGUAGAUUGGGCACUGGUAUGUACUUUAACGAACCAACAAAAAAUAAUCCACACUGGCGAGAAGAUUUUUGGGGCGACCACUACACGAGGUUACUUAAAAUCAAGCGUAAGUACGAUCCGGAGAAUUUCUUCACGUGCCAUCACUGUGUCGGGUCAGAAACAAAGGGCAAAUCAACAACACCUUGGACGUCGUCUGCUGCCUUGAACAACGUUAAUGAUUUCUUAGCAUCCACUCUCCUUUUCUUGAAAUUCUUUUGAUCUUUAAGAUAUGUAAAAUAUGUAGCCGAGUUUUUAAGACAUGUUUAUCUUAUUUUUUUUCACAUGUUCACGCUUAUUUGACACAAAUUUUCAAACGGAUAGGCAUCUGAAAAAUAAAAUGAUAAAAAUUGCCAUCUGACAGAUCUAUUCAACACUUUAGUACUUGAACAUACCACUACGGUAGGAAUAUGCUUUUUAGAAAUUCAUUCUAAAUUUUUAAUAUUUUAAGAUGUAAUUUCAACCAGUUUGUGUUGUUAUCGACCUAUCCAGUGACUACCGCUUGUAGCCCUGUACUGAACUUUUUUUGUUGUAAUGAUUUUCGCUCUAUUUAUUACUACUUUGCACUUCUUUGAGUUUUAUAUUUCUAAACUCUUUUAGAUCAUUAUCAUCGUACGUGUUGAAGUACGUUUAUGACCGAAGAAUGCCGAAUUUAUUAACACUAAUUUGCCGUGUGUCAUUAAGCGUCAAAUACCUUAAAACAGGCAUUUUAAUGUCACUGUGUUUCACAUUCAUAAUUUAUCUGCUUGUGUCUUAUGACCACGAUGCUAACUCACCUUUAUAGAGCUUACAAUUUGUAUCAAUAUUUAUUUGUUUUUGUAAAUUAAAACUUUUUAUUCUAAUUAAGUAACGUUCAAAGUUCAUGUGUAUUGCUUUAUAUGCUGCAUGUUUUCUAAGUAAAUACUAUUUAAACAGAUGAAAACAAUUCAGGUGCUUCUGAACAUAUCCGACAAAAUGAAAUAUUUGAUUAUUUAUUUUCAUUCAUCACAUGGUAUUUGCAUGAUAUUUAUCUUUUAAACCUCUCUAUAUCUGUGUUUUCUUUCUUUUAGGCAUGAAUUCAUUAAAAAAAACCCCUGAAA